AUUUCCCACCAUUCUCUGCGGAUUGGCAAGCAAUAUGAAAUCGGCCAUGUCGUGGUGCUAGCAAGUUGGUGGAAGAACGAACAAGAUAUUUGCUUUGUUAGAAGUGUAUAAACAGAACGAAAUAAAGUAGUUUUAUAGUAGCCAGAUACAUUUAACCUUUAACUUUGUCUUUGCAUACAGUCCAACAAAAAAGAAAGACAGCAUGAGUGGAGGGACGCCCUACAUCGGGAGUAAAAUUAGCCUAAUCUCCAAGGCCGAGAUUCGCUAUGAAGGAAUUUUAUACACCAUUGACACAGAAAAUUCGACUGUUGCUCUCGCUAAAGUCCGCUCCUUUGGCACGGAAGAUCGUCCCACUGACAGGCCAAUUCCACCACGGGAUGAGGUCUUUGAGUACAUCAUCUUCAGAGGGAGUGACAUCAAGGACCUGACUGUUUGUGAGCCACCUAAAGCCACCAGCUCCCUGCCUCAGGACCCUGCCAUUGUCCAGUCUUCUCUUGGAUCCACCAAUGCCCCACCCCAAUCAUUCCAGUCCGUGGGGUCCUAUGCUUCCUUCAGUAGGGCACCUGGUCCUCCCUACAGCCAGUUCAACCCUAGUCCCCUGGUGCCCCAGCAAUUUGGAGCUGUUGGUGGAGGUCAUACCAGUCCCCAGCUGGACCCUUUGAGAAAGAGCCCCUCUCUGGAUCAGGCAGUACAGACUGCCCCCCCCUCUGCCCAUGCUGGCUCUGCACCAGUGGGACAAAGGAGCUCAGCUGGCCCGCCAGCCAGGCCCAUCACUACCCAGAGCAACCAGAAGCCUACAGAUGUCCUAGAACAGAGGAGGGGUGAGGUUACCGGAGGAGGGGGCCCAGAAGUUCAGAAAAUUCCCAGACAAGAUUCUGAGCAAGGUGGUGUUGACAGUCGGAAUAACCGACAAGUUGAAAUCGAGACUCAUCAGGCCAGGCAACAUUGUUCCAGUCUUCAACUGUCCAAUUUUGCCGGUGGUCCUCCCCCUCAGAGACGGGGUCGUGGAGGGGGUCAUCGGGGCAGAGGCCGCUUCAACCCACACAGGGACGGCCCAAUGAAGUUUGAUCAAGACUUUGACUUUGAGACUGCCAAUGCCCAGUUUAACAAGGAGGAGAUUGAUAAAGAAUUCCAGAACAAACUCAAACUGAAAGAUGAUAAGCCUGAGAAACAAGAGAAGACUCUUAACGGAGAUGAGAAAGCAGAUUGUGGAGUUGAGACCCAGGGCAGUGAAGUCAGUGCUGAGGAAGAGGAACCAGUGGUGGUCAAUGUUUACUAUGACAAGACGAAGUCCUUCUUUGACAACAUUUCUUCUGAUGAUACAAGGAAAGCUGCUGAGCGAUCUGGAAGUUUAGGAUUCCCAAGGAGGCAGACGUGGGCUGAGGAGAGAAGAAUGAAUUCUGAGACCUUUGGCAUCCCACUGAGGCACAACCGAGGACGCGGUGGUUUCAGAGGAGGUCGUGGUGGCGUGGGAUUCCGUGGGGGGCGAGGACGUUCCAUGAGCCGAGGUUCCUUUGGACCUCCCCAUGGAGCCCCACCUGGCUUUAGGGGUGGAUUCCGAGGCAGCAGCAGAGGUGGCCGGGAGUUUGCUGAAUAUGAAUACAGGAAGGAUAACAAAGUGGCUGCAUAGUGUACCAGAGGGAAGGAUCCCGAAGAAUUGUAGUUCUUCAUGACCCAGAAAAUUAGUUUUGGUCUUUACUUCGUGCAAAAAAGAAUGAAGAUUUAAUCUGUAAAAAUUGUCACCAGCACUGGGGUAGACUGAUUGAUUUCAAAGGGUGUAAAUGCAGCUUCUUUACCCAUUUCUUUUUUUUUCAAUUUUUUUUUUUUCAAAAAUACUACUACAGAAUGUUUUUGAAAAUUCAAGUGUUUGAUAUUUUACAGUAGUCAGAGGGACAAGAACCUGUGUAAAUACAGUACUUCAGUGGAAUUAUUCAGUAUUUUUUUCAUCUAUUUGAUUUAAUUUCUUUCUAAAACUGUAUUUGAUAAUGUUCUGUUGUGUAAAGAUGUAUGCAGAAGCCCGCUGAUACUGUGAUAAGAUCACUGAAAAUAGCUUUAUUUUUUGGGAUAUAUCCUGUAAUGUACCUUAGGGAGCACCAAAAUCAUUUACAUACCUGGUUGUUCUUUUUUUUUUAUAUAUAUAUACAUCUAUAUACACCAUACCAGUCAAAUGUUUGUAAACGCCUACACAUUCAAAGGUAUUUAUUCAUAAUAUUUUCCACACUGUAGAAUAAUAGUGAGGCCAUCGUAACUAUGAAAUAACGCAUGGAAUCAUCUGCUAAACAGAAAAGGGUUGAACAGAUCAAAAUACAAUAUAUUUUUGAUUCUUCAAAGUAUCCACUCUUUGCAUUGAUGACAGCUUUGCACACUCUCUCAAUCAUAAUGAUGUUGUCACCUGGAAUGCUUUUCCAACAGUCUUGAAAGAGUUCCCAAUUAUGUUGAGCACUUUUUUCUCUGCGGUCCAAGUCAUCCCAAACCAUCUCAAUUAGGUUGAGGUUGGGUGAUGCACAACCAUCCCUCUCCUUGGUCAAAUUGCCCUCACGCUGCCUGGAGGUGUGAUUUGAGUUAUCCUGUUAAAAAACAAAUGAUAAUCCUACCCAGCGUUAACCAGAUUGAAUGGCGUACUGCAGAAUGCUAGGGUAGCCAUGCUUGUUGAGUGCCUUUAAUUUUAAAUAAGUCAGUGUCACCAGCAAAGCACCCCCACAACAUCACACUUCCUCCAUGCUUCAUUGUGGGAACCACACAUGCAGAGAUCAUUCAUUCACUGACUCUGUCUCACAGCAGUUGAAACCAAAAACUUCACAUUUGGACUCAUCAGACCAAAGGGCUCAUUUCCACCAGUCUAAUGUGCAUUUCUCUUGUUUCUUGGCCCAAGUGAGUCUCUUACUCUUAAUGUCGGUGUGGUUUAGUAAUGUCCUCAUGACAGCCGGUUUCAUCAUAGCGCUUGAUGGUUAUGUGACUGCACUUUAAGAAACUUUCUGGAAAUCUUCUGCAUGGACUGACCUUAAUUUCUUUAAGUAAUAAUGGACUAUUGUUUCUGUAUUUGAGCUGUUCUUGCCAUUAUAAUGGGCCACUGCAGCACAGACAUAAUGAUGGUCUUCUCUAUACCAGUCGUACCUUGUCACCCUCCUUAUAUCCACCAUGCAAUGCAUUAAGAUAUAGUUCCACAAAAGUACUUUUAAUAAGGCAAUCCUGUUAACUGAAAUGCAUUCCAUGUGACUUUUUCAUGAAGCUGGUUGAGACAAUGCAAAGAGGCCGCAAAAGCUGUUAACAAACCAAAGGUUGCUACUUUGAAGAAUUGCAUUAUAUAUGUUUAAAACACAUUGUUACUGAAUAAUUCCAUGUGUUAUUUCAGAGUGUUGAUGUCUUCACUAUUAUACAAUCUGGAAAACCGUAUAAUCAUGAAGAAGAAAUACCCUGCAAUGAGCAGGUGUCCCAACCUUUGACUGGUUCUGUGUGUGUGUGUAUAUGUAUAUAUAUUGUCCCCUAGUCUACAUAUCUUUGUAGCCAUGUAUUCUAUAUUUUGAUGUUCUGGUGUAUAUUGCCAAGUUAUUUUAGUCAAACUCCUUUGUGUUCUUUAGGUACAUCAAGUUGUGGUUUACGUCAUAGGCUCAUUUUGAUUUUUGGAUGCUGUGGAGAUCCUGUUUCAAGUGAAGUUAAUCAAUUCAACCUUUAUCAAAAGCCUCAAGAUACAGAGUAGGUCAGACAUCCAGAAAACACUGGAUCGUAAUGCUUUUUCACACGUUUAAUUUCUGUAGUCUUACUGAAUAUUGAAAGAAUGUAUGUAAAGUGGAUCACUUCUGCUCCAAAGAUGUUCCUUAUCUGCCACUUAAUUUCUGGUUUUAAAAAUGCGUAUAAAUAGGAAUGAUGUGAUUCAGAUCUGUUGCUUGUUUUCUCUGCCUCUAAAAAUUACCAAUGUUGCUUCCCAAAACCCACUAAUACUAUUUGCCUAACACGGGUCACUGUUUGCAAGGAGUGCACUCUGUUAUGGGUUGUGUUGUGCAUAUUGUUGAUGCACAUUUUGGUUUGUUGCGUUGGUGACACUUCCUUUCAUGUCAUCACUUAGUCAAAAGUGGCAUUUCUACUGAAUUUGAAGAAUCAUAGUCAUUAGAAGUGGCUAUCUAGCUUCUCCAUUUACUUAGAGCUUGAUUAAUAAUUUAUAUAAUUGUCAUAAUUUAACCAGCUGUUAACUGUGGAAUAAGAAUACUCUCAUCGGUGGUGGUGGUGGUGGUGGUGGUGGUGAUGAUGAUGAUGAUGAUGAUGAUUGCUGACUGGCUUAGGCUGCUGUGUUAGUAGGCUGUGGGACUAGGAGCAUUGGGCAAGAAAAGCAUUUAAAACUAACUUUUAGUACAUUUUUGAAACAGUGUUACAGAUGUAUGUUAAAAAAUAUUCUAGCAGACGGCUUUGUGUUCACAGGUGGUCUAUUUGACUGCUUGAUCUUGUAUGGUUUUACGUGUGAAACAUGAUAAUUGAAAAAUCUGAUGUUCACAACUGAACAGAAUAAUGUUGCUUCUUUUUGUCAGUUCAAUUAAUCAAACUUCAGUGGAUGUCAUUCACUGGCUUUAUAGGCAACAUACUGAUUCUAGAAGUGAUUGUCAUGAAAGCUUUUCCUGUAAAAAGAACUUGAGUAUGGCCUGUCUUGAACUGUAUGAAUUGCAACAGUCAUCAGUAGUAAUGUUCAUGGUUUAUUUAUUUUAUGUCCAACAACCCAGAUUACAUUAGGUUUAAAGAAGUUAAAGAAUCACUUGAUGGAUGAUGUUUGAUUUAAAAUAAGUGUAGUGACUGCAGGCCUUAAAACCCAUCUACUAAUCUUAUGGAUUCAUUCUUUGUAAUCAAAUUUGUAAUAAACCACAUUGGUGCCCGAAGCUAGCCAUGUUCGCUCCACUUCCCAUGCUUCGGGGAGUCUGGGCACUGUCUAUUGUCCAGCGUUAGCGGUUUGUAGUAUUGUCCAUUAUUGUGCCCCUUGGCAUGAUUCAGGUGUUUUGUGUGUUUUUUUUGUUUUUGUUUUUUACUUAAAAUGUUAAUGGAGUAAAGGGAUGUGAAUUGGAUUUUGAGGUCAGCACAGGUUUGGGUUGAAUUUCAGAUGUCACUUGUAUGUUGGAGUGCCAGAAGGAGGGAUACAGUGAGGUUCAAAAGUAUUUGGGCAAUGACAAGUGUUAUUAACUAGUACAAAAGUCACUGUCGCAAAUUACUGCUGUAUACUUACAGCUAAUUUCUAAUUUACCUAUGAUGACAAUGUGUUAGAUGUACUAUUUGAAAACAUGUCCAAAUAAACCUGAUAAAAUUAUACAAAGUGUUGGGGCAGCUAGUAAAGGAAAAAUGAUCCAUCCCAUGUCCAGGUGGACAGGAUUGUUGUGGCAGACUGACAAUUAAUGGCAUCCUUGCCUUGAUAUAAAACACAACAGUGACUGUUCUAGGGUUACAGGGGCCUGGGCAGUUGCAAUAGGCCUAGAACUAAUUUGAGAUUUCAAACCGUACAUGCUACCCAAAUAAAUGCUGUAAAAUGUUCAAUACAUUUGUUACUCCUUGUCUGACCGCAUGAUGUAUUUAGAGUGGGCCACCCUCUUUAGACAGGUUUUUACUCAAGAUAAAAUAAACAAUUGUUCAAUA